CGCCGGGUUCCGAGAGCGCAGCGGGCUCCAAGCGCCAGGAGGACAGGGGCGCCGCCGCCGUCCGCGUUCUCCGCCCUUGGGCGCCAUGGCCCCACUGAGGCCAGGAGCUCCCGAGGUUCCCCAAGCACCUCGGCCGUGGCGCCACUGAGCUCAGACAGGGCAGGGGACGCUUUGCCCCCAGGCGCCCCACAAGACAGAGCGGGAGCCAUGGAGCCUCCGGCCGCCCCCUCGGAGAGGAGCCUCUCUCUCUCUCUUCCCGGGCCUCGGGAGGGCCAGGCCACCCUGAAGCCGCCCCCCCAGCACCUGUGGCGGCAGCCGAGGACCCCGAUCCGCAUCCAGCAGCGCGGCUACUCUGACAGUGCUGAGCGCUCAGAGCCAGAGCGCUCGCCGCACCGGCCCAUAGAGCGCGCCGACGCCGUGGACACUGGCGACAGGCCAGGCCUGCGGACUACCCGCAUGUCUUGGCCCUCGUCCUUCCACGGCACCGGUACCAGUGGAGGCAGCAGUAGGCGCUUGGAGGCAGAAAAUGGGCCAACGCCAUCCCCUGGCCGUAGCCCCCUGGACUCGCAGGCGAGUCCGGGACUUGUGCUACAUGCUGGGGCAACCCCCAGCCAGCGUAGAGAGUCCUUCCUCUAUCGCUCAGACAGCGACUAUGACACGUCACCGAAGACGAUGUCCAGAAACUCGUCCGUCACCAGCGAAGCACAUGCUGAAGACCUCAUUGUGACACCGUUUGCCCAGGUGCUGGCCAGUCUCCGUAACGUUCGAAGCAACUUCUCGCUCUUAACCAAUGUGCCCAUCCCCAGCAACAAGAGGUCCCCACUGGGCGGCCCACCCUCUGUCUGCAAGGCCACACUGUCAGAGGAGACAUGCCAGCAGCUGGCCCGGGAGACCCUGGAAGAGCUGGAUUGGUGCCUGGAGCAGCUGGAGACCAUGCAGACCUACCGCUCUGUCAGCGAGAUGGCCUCACACAAGUUCAAAAGGAUGCUGAACCGUGAACUCACACACCUGUCGGAAAUGAGCAGGUCAGGAAACCAGGUCUCAGAGUACAUUUCCAACACAUUCCUGGACAAGCAGCACGAAGUAGAGAUCCCAUCACCCACGCCUCGACAGCGAGCCUUCCAGCAGCCCCCACCAUCAAUGGUGCGACAGUCCCAGCCCAUGUCUCAGAUCACAGGGCUGAAAAAGCUGGUACACACCGGAAGCUUGAACACCAAUAUCCCACGAUUUGGAGUCAAGACAGAUCAAGAGGACCUCUUAGCACAAGAACUGGAGAACUUGAGCAAAUGGGGCCUGAACAUCUUCUGUGUGUCGGAGUAUGCCGGAGGCCGCUCACUCAGCUGUAUCAUGUAUACAAUAUUCCAGGAGCGGGACCUACUGAAGAAAUUUCACAUCCCUGUGGACACCAUGAUGACCUACAUGCUGACCCUGGAGGACCACUACCACGCUGACGUGGCCUACCACAACAGCCUGCACGCAGCCGAUGUGCUGCAGUCCACACACGUGCUGCUGGCCACGCCCGCACUGGAUGCCGUGUUCACAGACCUGGAGAUUCUUGCUGCCCUCUUCGCUGCUGCCAUCCACGAUGUGGACCACCCUGGCGUCUCCAACCAGUUCCUAAUCAACACCAAUUCGGAGCUGGCGUUGAUGUACAACGAUGAGUCUGUGCUUGAGAACCACCACCUGGCUGUGGGAUUCAAGCUGCUGCAAGAAGAGAACUGCGACAUCUUCCAGAAUCUCAGCAAGCGCCAGCGUCAGAGCCUGCGCAAGAUGGUCAUCGACAUGGUGCUGGCUACAGACAUGUCUAAGCACAUGACCCUCCUGGCUGACCUGAAGACUAUGGUAGAGACGAAGAAAGUGACCAGCUCCGGAGUUCUCUUGCUGGACAACUAUUCUGAUCGUAUCCAGGUCCUCAGGAACAUGGUGCACUGUGCAGAUCUCAGCAACCCCACCAAGCCCCUGGAGCUGUACCGGCAGUGGACCGACCGCAUCAUGGCCGAGUUCUUCCAGCAAGGUGACCGAGAACGGGAACGCGGAAUGGAGAUUAGCCCCAUGUGUGACAAGCACACAGCGUCUGUGGAGAAGUCUCAGGUGGGCUUCAUCGACUACAUUGUUCACCCACUGUGGGAGACGUGGGCUGAUCUGGUCCACCCCGAUGCCCAAGACAUCCUGGACACGCUGGAAGACAACCGGGAUUGGUACCACAGUGCCAUCCGGCAGAGUCCUUCCCCAACCCUGGAAGAGGAGCCAGGAGAGCUCGACGAUCCGGCCCCGCCUGACAAGUUCCAAUUUGAGCUCACCUUAGAGGAAGAGGAGGAAGAGGAUUCAUUGGAGGCUCCAGGAUUGCCUACCACUGAGGAAACCUUCCUGGCUCCAGAGGAUUCCAGAGCUCAGGCUAUAGAACAGUCGAAGGUCAAAGGCCAGAGUACUGCAGUGGUGGAGGUGGCAGAGACUUUGAAGCAGAAGACAGCCUUUCCAUGUGGUACUCCUGAGGAGUCCAUGGAGGCUGUGGGCUGUUCCUUCAGCCAUGGAACCCCUGCUCUGCCUGACUCGAGGACCCUAUGCCCUGAAGAGGAGGCCCCGGGCCUCCUGGGCCUCCCCUCCACGGCGGCAGAGGUGGAGGCCCCAAGAGACCAUCUGGCUGCCACGAGGGCUUAUUCUGCCUGCUCUGGGACAUUAGAAGACAACUCUGCCGUCAUCUCUGCUCCAGGCAGGUGGGGGUCAGGUGGAGACCCUGCCUGAUCCCUUUUCUCUUCACCCUUGGGACCUCCCUCCUCCCCACACUCCCCACUCACCACAGACCACCUCAACGACUCCUGGCCCUCCUGAGAAAAAAGAAAACAGAAAAGUGGGGGUUUUUCUCUUUUCUUUUUUUCACCCUUCCCCUCCCCCCCCCCUGCCCACAGGGCCUUUUUGUUGAGGUGUGGGGUAUGGGGAGCCAGGAACUGAAGUCCCCAAAAAAGGGAUUUUAUUUUUUUGAAUUUUAAUUGUAACGUUUUUAGAAAAAGAACAAAAAGAAAAAAAAAGAAUGAAACACAUCAGCUGUAGAUGCUCUGCCCUCCCCGUGCCUGGGCACGCCUCCUUCCCUCUUCACCCCACCAUCAACCUCAAGUCCAAGGCGCCAGCCUCCUGCCUCUUUUGAGACUUGCUCCUUAAAAGUCAAGCCUAGGUGUGGCACUUCCUUUUGGGCCAUUCUGAGGUUCAGAGGGAGUCUACAACCAGACUGGGAAUAGCUACCGGGAGAUGCUGUCCCAGGAGAGACUGUCCCAGGAGAGGCUGAUCCAAAGCGGGCCUCUCUCUGGCUCACUGUCCUCUACCACAAAGUCUUCCAUGUCUCUUCUCUCUUUCUGUUUUCUAUCUUUUUUUGUACAACUCUGGCCAUGUGGUUGACGAGGUGGUCAGAUGAGCUGUUGCUUUACAAUCCAGGGACUCUUGGUUUCACCCCGUCCACCAGCCUCAGCCUGGGGUCCCAAGUCUCAAUUCCCUUCUCCGGAUGCCAUCUUCCUGGUCCACUUUGGGUCACUUUGAAUUAUCUCCGUUGGAGGAAGGGGGCUCUGUUCCAUAUGCACAAACACAUCCUCCUUCCAGCUGCUUCUUCCUCUUGUUUCUGCCUUAAAGAUUCCUGUGGCCAUAGAUGAAGUCUCCAUGGCUCCCUCCUGCUCCCCAGGUCCUCCCUUCCAGCGUAGACACUCCUUUCCCAGCAUCCACUCACCCACCCUUCAGCCCAUCACUCUGCUCCCCAACACCAACUUUCAUUGCCCUAGGAGGAAGCAAUAAUGGUGUGUACCACAUCCUCCGUCCUGGGCAGCCCUCUCCCCACCUUACUGAGCCUGACCUCCCCCACCCCCACCCCCUCAGCCAUAGGCAGUCCCUAAGCAAUACAGAUAGAGCAAGGCCAUUUUCUCCAAGCCAUGGGGGUGAGGGGACUUUUAAAAAGGAAUGAACCCGUUUCCCCUGCCACAUGGAACCAAUCUGCAGCAGGGCAGUGGGGGGCUAUCAUUCCUUGCCUGCCCUGUUACAUCUCUGUACACGGUACUGUAGCCCCACUCCAAUCCCUCCCCAACUAUUCCUGCCUAACCCAUUCCCCCAACCCCCGAUGCUUACAGGGUUUUGGUUUAUUUGUUUAUUAAGCAAGAGUAGUUUCUAUCCUAGCUGGUGACGAGAACGGGCCUCCCUCCUUUCCAUGUGUGGGUUUUGUACAUACUAUAAGAUUGAUAUAUAAAUUAUUCUACUGAGACAAAAGGAGAUAGUGGACUUGUCUUUCCCUGGUUGACCCCAUUGGGAAGGUGAGGAAAGGAUUCUCCGGGGAGAGUCACACCUUCCUGUUGUAUUAUAGAAGCUGUACCAUGUUCCCUGAAUGCAGGGUGGACACGCUGUCAGUCCAUGGGAAGCUGUGUCAUAACUGAGGAGGGAUGAGGGUUGGGCAUGGCUUCCUCCCUGUUCUCUUCCUUCUUCACGAGCCUAGGAUGGGGGUACGAGCUGGCCAGACCCCUGACCCUCAGAUAGGGGUCCUUCUGCCAGGGUGGGUGCUGGACCCUAUGAGCUGCCACAUGUUGUCCACACUGACAGCUGAUCAAUCGGUCUGUGGAUUGACAAUCAGUCCUCCAGUCUUGUCCCUAAUUAAAGCGAGGCUGUCACUGGUGCUUCCGGCUGACGGCUGAUACGACUUCA